UGUGAUCUAUAGAGCAGAUGAUGUAAGUAUCAUCUAAUUCUGUGGCCAACAGUUGACAAGGGUGUCAGGUGGCCAGCACAACCACCAACCACAUUUACUUCCCCAACUAAUGACAAGUAGGCCUACCCAUAUGAUUAGGGUUGGGUGGACUCAGAGGCGUCCUAAAAAUCCAGUUCAGAAGUAAGAUCAAAUUCCAGCCUUUACUGAGAUUUAAACACAAGACCUCUUGGUUCAGAAGCCAAGCACAUUAAAACUCAGCUACCACACUGCUCAAUUAUAAAAUGUCUAAUAAAUCUAAUGAAAAUUGCAAUUUAAAAAUUAAUCUACUAUCAUAUUACGAAGUGCCUAUCCCCAACCAGUUGCGAAUAGGCUUCAACCCUAUUUCCAACCAGAUGGAUGGGUCAAAUAAGGUCAAAACCCUAUUUACAGUCAGUUGACUUCCGGUCUAUCCCCAGUAUAGACUUCCUGCCAAUCCCCCCUGUUGACCGGAAGUGUUGCUAUAUAAAAUGCCAGCUUAAACGUGACCAUGGCAUUUUAUAUAAUAAUCAAUUAUCCUCUGGCCACUUUCACUAUCAUUUAUUUAAAAAAAACAUGGAAGGAAAAUCAUUCACAAAUUUUACUGAAUUCAAGGAAUUUAUCAAGAAACAUGAAGAGGAACAGCAUGUUUUGUUCGUUACUAGUGGUUCUAAAAAGCUUAUCAAUGGACAUCCAGCAAAAGAAUCCAUACAGUAUGAGUGGCUAAAAUUAGUAUGCAAACAAGGCAGAGCCACAAAACCAACAUCGAGUAAAGGCAUCCGGCCGAAUCAAAGGUCAUGGAAACAUGAUUGUGGUGCAGUGAUACGUGCAGUGAUAAGGCAUUCAGAUGUUACUGGCUACCAGUUUGUCAUUACAAAGGCAAUAUUGUCACAUGAAAAUCACCCCACAGAUCAUUUGUCUGCACUUGUGUAUCCUGAAAAUAGGAGAAUAAAGCCUGAUGAAACUGUGGAUCUGAUGGUUGGCACCAAAAUAUCACAGUCAGAAUUGAGACAAAUCAUCUUGCAUAAACAGAAUAAAUGUGUUCUUGCGAAGGAUGUGGAAAACUACAGGAGAAAACAGAAAGACCCCUGCACUGACAGUGAAGGAGUAGAGAAAAUUCUAAACAGUAUAAAGGUUGGUGGUAGAAUGGUGAAAUAUGGUGUGACACCAGAAAAUGAAUUUUUGUAUUUGGCAUACAUGACCAAGGAAAUGAUAGAUUCACUUAAAGCCAACAAAACCAUAUUGAUAAUAGAUUGCACUUAUAAAGUCAAUGAGUAUUUAUUUCCAUUGUUGAAUGUUAUGUGUAUUGAUGCCAAUGGUAAUGGUGUACCUGUGUUGCAUGCUUUUGUAAGGAAUGAGAGUGUUGAAAUUUUGUCUGAAUGUUUGAGUGUAUUACAUGAUGUGUGUGUGGAGCCUCAAAUUUUUUUUGUAGAUAAAGAUUUUAGUGAAAUAGGUGCUAUCAAACAAUGUUUUCCUCAAUCUUUAUUUCGCCCAUGUUCAUUUCACACAACUUAGACUUAGACUUAGGUCCUCCCGCGCCGUUCGGCGCAUUGGGCGGCAAGCUGUCUCCAUAAUGAUCUGUCACUGGCAAUGUCUGAAGCCUCUUCCCAUCUGGUGUCCACUGUUCUGAGGUCCUCCAUGAAGGUGUGUCGCCAGGUAAUACGAGGACGUCCCUGUUUGCGCUUUCCUCGUUUUGGCUUCCAUCAUUUCACACAAUGACAGCAGUAAAAAAGUAUUUAAACACAAAUGUCUCAAAGGAAUUAUCAAAUAAAAUUUUUGAUCUAUUUAAAGAACAAUCUUAUACAUUGAGUGAAGAAGCAUUUGAGUUGUUAAAAGUUGACAUCAUUUCAGCAUGCCCCAGUGUUGAAAGCUACUUUCAAAAUAAUUGGUGGUCAAUUUCUGACAUGUGGGCAGCAUGUAGAAAUACAGAUGUUGCAUCUCUGCAUAUCACAACUACAAAUCAUGUAGAAUCCUAUCAUUCAAGGAUAAAAAAGCACCUAGAUAGCCACACAACUCUCUCAGCAUGUGUAACUAA